ACGCGCCAUGUAACGUCAAAGAUGGCGCCUCUAACCCCAUACACAUACAUCCAAUGCCCUUGCUCGGACCAGACCGUUUAUCAUCCAACCGGCGCGGCAUCAGAUCCCGAAGACGACGACCGAGCGUUCGACCCAAAAGCCCCGCGGUCAAACUACAGCUUAUAUCCGAUCGAAUACCUCCUCUAUUGCGAAGACUGCCAGCAGAUCCGAUGCCCCAGAUGCGUGACGGAGGAGUCCGUGACGUUCUACUGCCCUAAUUGCUUGUUUGAGGUGCCUAGCAGUAACCUACGCAGUGAAGGCAACAGAUGUACGCGAAGCUGUUACCAGUGUCCAAUCUGCAUCGGACCACUCCAGGUUGGCGCCAUCCAGCCCACCACGGAUGCGAAUCUCCUCCCGACACAAUAUCAGGCCAACCCCAGCGGUGGCCCAUACGCCCUCUUCUGCCAGUACUGCAACUGGACGUCGACCGAGAUCGGCAUUGAAUUCGACCGUCCCAGCGGGAUAUACAAUCAGCUCUCCAAAGUGAACAAUGGAGGCCAGCCCAAGCUCACACUGCGAGACGUCAAAGACCGGCGGAAGGACAACCCAGACGAGCCCCCGGUGCCCGACGACCAGGUCGACGCGGAUCUGCAAUUCGCCAACCUGAAGGCCUUUUACCAACAGCAGCUCUCGGAGGCAAACACGUCAUUACGCGGGCUGCCGUUGCAUGACGGGCUGGGAUUCUCGUCUCCCGCCGCCCUGACGCGCAUCAUGUCCCUGUAUACCGGUCGUGGGCACCAGGGCCGCCUGCAACAGGGCCCUGCGGACAUUAUGCGCGAAGCGCUCGGCACAAACGACGGCCUGAAGAUUGCCAACCUGGACGAGUCGGCGGACAUCAAGAAGCUCUUGGACGGAGGAUGGGGCGCGACCGCUUCCCUUGAGCAGCGAAGCCAACAGGCAACGGAGUCUGGACGGUUCGAGGACGAGCUCCGGCCGAUUGCCUAUCUUUUGCGCAGCAAGCGGUCGAAGCGUUGUCCUUCUUGUCGGCACAUCAUAUCCAAACCGGAGGCCAAGGUCGUGUCUACGAGGUUCAAGAUUCGCUUGGUUGCAAAGUCGUAUAUACCCACCAUCACAAUUCGGCCGCUCAAUCCUACCGCGCCGCCUGUUCCCAUCACGUACAGGCCCAUGGUCCAAGAAGAAGCGCCGCUGAAGCCGCAUCAACCAUAUCACUUCGUGGUUACGUUCAAGAACCCCCUGUUCGACAACAUCAAGGUCACGUUGGCCUCGCCAAACGCAACGCCCGGCCGCUUCUCCAGCAGAGUCACCGUGCUGUGUCCACAGUUCGAGGUCGACGCCAACACCGACAUGUGGGACGAUGCCCUCAAGGACGAAGAAAAGGAUCGCAGCCGCAAGGCGGACGAGGGCCCCGAAGUGGGCAAGAUCUGGGAGAAGGGGCGCAACUGGGUGAGCAUCGUGCUCGAGGUCAUCCCGGCGUCUCUGCGGCUCGAUCAACAGCAGCAAGGCAACAAGGGGGAGAAGGUCGACAUGAGCCCGCUCAAGGAGGGCGAGGAUAUUCUUGAGAUUCCCAUGUUUGUGCGCAUGGAGUGGGAGGCUGAUACGCAGGCUGACAUGGAUGGGCCUCCCAGCAAGGACAAGGAGAGCAGGGAGAAGCGAGAACUGGCGUAUUGGUGCGUGCUGGGCGUUGGGCGCAUCAGUCAAGAAUGAAAGCGACGAAGUGGGACAUUUACAGCGAUAGAUACCCAAAUAGACGGUCAAGAGACAUGCAAUGAAGAGGAUGCCAUGAGAAGUGAAUUGAUCAAAUCAUGCCAGCAGCUUUAUAUCAUUUCAACGAAAAGCUACCUUGAUAUCAGACGCCAAGCCCAAAAUGUUGACCAACCCACCGAUGCUUCUUCAAACAAAGCAACGCAUUUUUAUGCUCCCAAAUGACCCCGGAAAGAGGAAAGAAAGAUUAUGUCUCAAAUCUUUAUGUGAAUGCCAGUUAGAUUAACUUUUUUCUUUGGUAUCAACUAGUCUAGAACUCGGUGGCACCGGUCUGGGGGAACUCGAAGUUGACGUUGCGGCCGGUCAAUCGUCGGUAGACCUCAGAGUAGGUGUCGAGCCUGUAGUCGACGCCACCGCGCUCCUUCUCGUCGAGGAUGACCUUGAGGGUCUUGCUGCCGUCCUCCUUGGUGCGGACGCGC